AUGGAGGAUCUGCUUGAGGACACUACGCGAUGGCAGAAGGGAAGAUACAGGACGAGAGAGAGAGAGAGAGACAGCGAGAGAGAAGAGAGAGAAGAGAGAGAUGGAAGCGAGUCCGUAUUCAAAUAUGCUGGCUUGAGGUUCCAGCCCCCAAAACCAAGGGCGAGAAAGAGAAGAGAAGAGCGAGGGCUGAAGCGGGAAGAAAACGCUGGCAAAACGAAGCGAGGGAGAGUGUUCUGA